CGGUGUUUGCGUCCGAGGCGGGCGGAGCUAAAGCUCGCACAGAUGCUGGAGAGCAGGUGCUGACGUUUAGCGGAUCAGAUGGAUGUUUUAUAAACAGCUGGGCGUAGAAACGCUGAAAAAGUACAUUUGACUCAUUGACUGCUGCGUAUCUAGUUGUGUUGUGAAAUCGAUGCGAUUUCCGGUUGAGCGCCGCUGUGAUGCUCCGUCGCUGAGACCCUUUAAGACCUGAUAUUAUGCGGGAACCGAGCGGGAUUGGACGGACUGAAGGGCGACAAAGCAUCGGUUUGGAAAACACUUCGGAACCUGGCAGAAUUGGCCAACGAUGGUGGACCCCUCAGAGCCUGAGGAGCAGAAUAAGUGUAAAGGCCCACAGCCCGAUGCACCAACUGUGGCCAUUGAAGACUCUCGGUUGUCAGAAGAGGGUGAUGGCGCCACAACAGAGGAGGAUGGAGAUGCUGGGUUUGAGACACCACCCACUGGUAGUUCUGAGCCGAGUCCCUGCCAUGCUGCAUCCCCAGCAAGGCCAGUGGCUGCCUCUCAGGAUAGCCCGCCUCAGCAAUCACAGACUCAAACUGACACAGAUCUAGCACCCAAAAUGCACCUGGACCUGUACAACUUUGACUCACCAGCUGCAGAGGGAAGCCGCUAUGUGUUAACAAGCCCUUGCUCUUUGGAGGCAUGUGCUCGAUGUGGAGUCAAACCUGUGGAGCUCCUGCCCCGGCCAUUGUCUGACUUUGCUCGGGAGGCUCCUGGCCGCUCCAUGCGUGUUGCAACAGGGCUGUUUGAAGUCUAUGAGCGGGACAGGCAUGCUAAACUCAGGCAGUGCAGGGAGGAGAGGGAGAGGAUUGUCCGAGAGGAAAAGAGAAGACUCUUACAAGCAGCAGUCAACAGUAACAGCAUCACUGUGUCUUCCUCAAUGGAGAUGCAGCAGCAGCACAAAAGUUCUUCUGGUUCCACUCAUCCUCCUAAAUCUGGAGCAGUGGCCUCUUGUACAACAGCAGGUCCAACCUCUAAAAAAGGCACUGCUGUUUUAAGUACCUCACCUAAAGCUUUCCAUACAGGAUCUACUCAGUCCUCAAAAAAUGGUUUGUCCUCUGAGAGUGUUUUCCAUAGAUCUGCCAAGCAUCCACUAACUUCAUCAUGUGAACAAGUAAAAACUCCACCACCGGUUUCAUCCGGCCCUCCACCUACAGUCACGAAGUCCUCUGGCAGUAAAUCUUCUAACACAUUCCCCAGAUCAACUCCCAAACCCCCCUCCUUUACCAGAGCAAAUACUACUUUACCAUCAUCAGUGUCGAAGCCCGCAGUCCACAGCUCUGGAAAGCCUCAUAAUGGUGUAAUGGGAGGACCGUUCUCCCACCACAAUGGACACUUUGGAUUUCAUUCCAAAGUUCGAGGAAAAAGCCAUUCACUAGAGUCUUUGCAGCGUAGGAUGGAUACUGUAUGCUCUUCCACCUCUGCCACUACAACUACAUGCACCUCAUCAGAGUCAGGUGCCUCCUCUUCUUACAGUUGGGAUGGAGCCCGAGAUCACUGGGCUAAAGUCUCCAGUCCACGAGCUCGCACUCUGGCCACUUUCAACUCCCUGAUGGGCCGCAGCCUCAGUCUCGGUGACCUGAGCCACUCUCCUCAGACAACACAGAAAGUUGAGCGCAUAGUCAAGGAGGUAAAACGUAGAGGCCUGAAGGCCGUGUCAGAGCGUGAUCGCAAGAUCGCAGCUUUGAUGCUUGCCAGAUACCAGGAAGAAGACAUCAUGAGCCAGACUCGUUACGUGGCUCAUCUUCAGUGGGACAGUGAACGGCGCAUGGAGGAGCUUCGAAGAGAGCAGGAAGAAAGAGAGAAGCAGCGCACAGUACUUGAAUGCCAGCGAGUGUGGCAGGCUCAGGUAUCAACACGCCAGCGGAGGCUUAGCCGGCAGGAACAGGAGUCUGCAGCCGCCAAGCUCCGCCAGGCUGAAGAGAAUGAGGAGCGGUGGCGCGAGCUUGCGGAGCAACAGGAGCGCAGUCGUCUUCAGAGACUUCAGCAGGUAGCGCGAGAGGAGAAGCAUAAGAAAGCACUUCAGGAGCAGAAUUUGAAGUCCCUGGAGGAGGAGAGGGCAGCCAUGCUGGAGCAGGAGAGGCUGCUCCUCAAAGAGAAGCUCACGAUGGCUGAGCUCAAGAGGCAGGAGAAGGAACACCAAGCCCAGGAGGAGAGACGGGGAUUGAACAAGGCGGAGAAGCGAAGGCACGCUGCCCUGAUACAGGAGAUCGCCCGCCGAGAGCAAGAGGAGAGGGAGGAGGCUCGAAGAGCGGUGGAUCAGAAACUCAGCCGCUCACUUGAGAAUUAUGAACACAUAGUUGAGCGGCGCGGGCAGGAGCUGAAGGAAAAGGCCAAGCGUGAGGAGAAGCAGAUCCAGAAGGCACGUAAGGCAGCAGAGAAACGUGAGAGGCAGCAGCAGCAGCUGCUGGAGGCCCGGCAGAAGGAGGCAGAGAAACGGGCACAGCAGGCUGCUUUAGUGGCAGAGGAGCACGCCAAAGAAAAGGCCCAACGUGCCGUGCAGAGCCGGCAGGAGAAGGAGCGGCUUCAGAAGCUCAACAGACAACGUGUGGAAGAUGAGGAGAAGCAGAGGCGACUGGAGCUGCUCCAGUCCAUUGAGCGAAAGUUGGAGAAAAGCGAGCAGAUCUUCAGGGAGAAACGCGCCGUGCUGGAAAGCGCCCGAUCUGUGGCCCGAGCUUCUUUUCAUGUGCGGGACAAGGUCCGGGAAGAGACCAAUAUGCGCACUUUUGAUAAAAUGGCCCUGGAAGCCCAACUUAAAGCCAACCUAGAUGAGAAAUAAGCCUGUGGGUGUGUUGCGGACUCCUUACUUCAGGUCACCUGCUUGAUUCCAGGCCCUCAUCUCUCUCACCAGAAACAACCACCGUGUUUACGCCGACAUGUUUUCCUCUCUCAUACCUUUCACCAUCACUUGGGAUAAUCACAUUUUUAGACUUUUUUUUUUUUUUUUUUUUUU